AUGUCAUCAGAAGGUCAUCCACCAACAAUUCCUAUCCUAGAGGAUAGCCCGCUAUCGGUUAUACCAACCUCAGAGUUAGCAGCUGCUGAGGAGAACAGGGCACUACGCCUCCGUGUGCUAGAAAUACAAUUUCAGUACAACAUAGACAUAGCUCAUGACAGGAAUUCCCUGUCAAAUCUCAAAAAGAAGUCAUUAGAAAGUUUUCGAGACUAUGCUGUUAAAUGGCGCGAACAAGAGGCCAGGGUCAAGCCCCCUAUGGAUGAAACUGAAAUGGUCAGUGUCAUUCUACAAUCCCAAGAGGCCGACUACUUUCAAAAUAUGAUGUCUGCAAUGGGAAACCCGUUUGCUGAGGCAAUCAAGAUUGGUGAGAUGGUCGAAAAUGGUCUGAAAGUGGGUCGCAUAUUGAGCCAAUCUUCCAUAAGAUCUACGUCCCAAGAAAUCCAAAAUGGGUUAGGUGGUGUAGAAAAUAGAAAGAAGAAAGAAGAGGUGGCGAUAUUGGCUUCAAGCCUGAGAAACCCCCAUCCACCCAAAGGUUACUUCCCUCCAAGCACCCCACAACAUUAUUAUCCUCAUCAGGAUGUGGCCUAUUCUAUGGCUCCUCAAUCGUACACAGUAAUGAACACCUAUCCAUACGCUCGGCCACAAAAACUGUUUAACCAAAACAGAGCUCCACUUCCUAGAAACAACCCUCCUCACCAAGCUCCACAUAAUCCCUGCCCCCCUCAAAAUAACUUUCCAUACAAUGCCCGUGCUCGGGAACCACCCAGAAGAACAAAUUUCAUGUCUAUUGAAGGGCAUGACACCGAAGACUGUUGGACUCUCAAAAGGGCAAUUGAGAACUUGAUAGAGCAGAAGAGGGUAGUAUUGAAAGACGAAGAGAUCCCCAAUGUGACCAACAAACCAUUGUCGACUCACAACAACGGGCCAGUCAUUGGGAUGAUUUGUGAAGAUAAAGAAUUUGACCCAGCUCUAAAAUCCAUCAUUGCCAUAUACGGUAUAGAAAAGAAGCCAAAGGCUGUCGCAAAGCAAGAUAAGGGGGAGAAGAAGAGUAACUCCACUCCUCGAAGUGAAGAAAAGAUUGUGGAAACCAAAACAGGGGCAAUACCCACUAAAGACGCCAUUCUUUAUGUUGCCCGAGCUCACAAGAAAGAACAAUUGGCAUUGAGUCCUCCCAAUAGGUUUGAGAUGAACAAGGGACCCAAGAUGUAUGUGCCCAAAGGGACUUACGUGUCACAUGGGCCGACAAUUCCAGCCAGGGUGAACGAGCCCGUGAUCAUUAGCCGCGCACCACAAAGGCUUAUGGAAGACCCCACUACAGUCCCCUGGAACUACAAUAAAGCAAUUGUAACAUACAAGGGGAAGGAAAUCAUAGGGGAAGUAAGUGAAACCAACCCAUCUGGGAAGUACCUUAAUCUGGAAGAAGUGAACAAUGCCAAGCAAAAACACUUCCCGCUCAAAAAGCCAGUUAGUUCCAAAGAAGCAAAGGAGUUCUUCCGAAAAAUGAAAACUAUGGACUACGAGAUAAUAGACCAACUCCAGAAGUCUCCUUCACAGGUCUCACUCCUGUCUCUACUGGAUGGUAGAAAGAUUCUUCGCAAUCAACCAGAUCUCAUUUAG